GUUCCUGUGCCAGAGCCGCCAUCUUGGUUUCCUUCCCGGGGAGGCUCGGCAUCCGCGGCAGUCGGAGGCAAUGAAGUCCCUUCCGCUGGUGGCGCGGUGCGUCUCGAGGAGGUUUUAUUCUCUCAAAACCGCACCUAAAACUGGAUUCAUCGCAGGAACAGAGCAUGCGAAGAUACAGCUGCUGCCCCAGGAUCUUGAGAUCACGAAACUACCAAAUGGAUUAGCAAUUGUUUCCCUGGAAAAUUAUUCCCCAGCUUCAAGGAUUGGUGUCUUCAUUAAAGCAGGCAGCAGGUAUGAGACGAUGGCCGAUUUGGGAACCUCCCACCUGCUCCGCCUCGCAUCUAACCUGACGACAAAAGGAGCCUCUGCCUUCAGGAUCACCACGGGCAUCGAAGCUGUGGGGGGUUGCCUGAGUGUGACUUCUACCAGGGAGAACAUGAUUUAUUCCGUGGAAUGCCUGCGUGACUAUAUUGAUACCGUAAUGGAAUACUUAAUCAACGUCACUACUGCACCAGAAUUCAGGCCUUGGGAAGUAGUCGAUGCUAAUCCCCGUUUAAGAAUUGACAAGGCAGUUGCCUUCCAAACUCCUCAAGUUGGUGUCCUAGAAAACCUGCAUGCUGCAGCUUAUCGGAAUGCUCUUGCCAAUUCCCUAUAUUGUCCAGACUACAGAAUUGGGAACAUUACACCUGAGCAGCUGCACCGUUAUGUACAGAACAACUUCACAAGUUCCCGAAUGGCUCUGGUGGGGCUAGGUGUCAGCCACUCGGACCUGAAGCAGGUCGCAGAGCAGUUUCUAAAUAUCCGCAGUGGGGCUGGCACACCUGGUGAGAAGGCCAAGUAUCGUGGAAGUGAACUUCGAGAGCAGAAUGGCCAGAGCCUUGUCCACGCGGCUGUAGUAGCAGAAGGCGCUCCUAAAGGAAGUGCAGAAGCAAAUGGAUUCCGGGUUCUUCAGCACAUUCUUGGGGCAGGACCUCUGAUCAAGAGAGGAAACAGCGUUACCAGCAAGCUCGUCCAGGGGAUUGCGAAGGUGACAACGCUGCCUUUCGACGCCACAGCAUUUAAUGCAAAUUAUAGUGAUUCUGGACUUUUUGGCGUUUACACAAUAUCCCAGGCUUCAGCUUCUGCGGAGGUAAUCAAAGCUGCUUUGAGCCAAGUGAAGGCAGUCUCCCAAGGUGCAGUCACUGAUGCAGAAGUUGCGAGAGCCAAAAACCAGCUGAGGGCAGCUUACCUGAUGUCUAUUGAAUCCUCGGAAGGGUUACUCGAUGAAAUUGGUUCCCAGGCACUGGCGUCUGGGGCAUACAUGUCACCAACCACUGUCGUUGAGAAGAUCGAUUCCGUGGUCACUGCUGACGUCGUGAAUGCUGCAAAGAAGUUUGUUAGUGGGAAGAAGUCAAUGGCAGCUUGUGGGGACUUGACAAAUGUCCCUUUUGUUGAUGAGUUGUAAGAAGUCAAGCAAGGGAGCCUAGGCUCACACUGAACUCUUAAGGCAGUUGCAUUGACUGCCGUUUCCAUCCUGUAUUUAUAUAUUUCAAGUGCUCUGGAUUUGUAGGUGACAUGUCAAUUCACCAAAGUUAAUAAAGUGCAGAGCUCAUACACUUA